CCCAUGAAUGUUAUUAAAAUUCCGCACUGUGACUGGUUUAGCUCAAAAUGUCUACAAGUUUUACCAGUAUAAUAAUUUAUAUAGCUAGCUAGAGAGAAGAUCAAGCAAGCCUAGCCAGCAAUAUGGCCUCAACAGUUCAAAUCCAGCUAAGACAACAGCCCAGUAUGGAAAGAAAUGCAGAAACACACACGUUUGAACAAACGUUACUGGACGGCUCAGUCAAAAAGCAAAUAAGACCCAAGAGUGCCUCAUAUGCUGCUCUCCGCUCGGCAGUAUUCCAACUAACCUGUUUGAGUGACUUUACCAGAGAGAAGAUUGGCUCUGGAUUUUUUGCAGAUGUCUACAAGGUGAAGCACAAGGUCAGUGAUGAGGUAAUGGUUCUCAAAAUGAACAAGAGUAAGAAGACAAGCAAGCAGAUGUUGAGUGAGAUUCAACUCAUGAACCGCCUCUCUCAUCCAAACAUUCUCAGGUUCAAAGGCUCCUGUGUGCACGAAGGACAGCUACAUGCACUAACAGAGUUCAUCAAUGGUGGUUCCCUGGAGGACCAGCUCCAUGAUCGCAGUGUGGAGCUCUCAUGGUCUGUUCGAAUCAAGAUAGCCAGAGACAUCGCCCGGGGAAUGGCCUACCUCCACUCAAGAGGCAUUUUUCACAGAGAUCUCAACUCAAGGAAUUGCCUUAUCCAGAAGCAUCCUAAUGGAAACUUGACUACAAUAGUCGCAGACUUUGGUCUUGCAGCCAAAAUCAAACAAAGAAAACUCAAGAGUUACACGGAAACAGUUGGUUCCCCCUACUGGAUGGCGCCUGAGUGCCUCAACGGCAAGCAGUACUGUGAAUUGGCCGACGUGUUCUCAUUUGGAAUAACACUGGCUGAGAUAAUGACCCGGAUGCCAGCUGACCCUGACUUCAUCCCCCGAACCUCGCAUUACGGGGUGAACUGUGAGGCCAUGCGGCAGCUGUGUUUGGGUUGUCCAGAAGAGCUCUUCCAACUCAUGAGCAGCUGUUGUCAGCUUGACCCUGAUGACAGGCCGAGCUUUGAAGAAGUUGUUGAGAUCCUCGAAGCCAUUCCAAUCGAUGUUGAUGACACAGUAUCCAUCGAAAAACCUCCAGAUACCGCCUCAGAUGAUGACGUCUACUUGCGCAGCUGUUUCUCGGAGCCAUUCCUGAAACUGACGGACACGACAGAUAGUGGAGGGAGCAGUGUACAUGUUGGGUAUCGACUGAACAGUAUUGGGUCAUCUACAGCCUCUACUGGGAGCUCUUGUUGCAGCUACAAUGAGGAUUUGAAAGUAGUCUCAGACAUUCCUACUUCCGAGCAAAACAGUAUAAUUCCAUUGACACGAACAGUUGCUACUUCGAAUUUGGAGCUUGCGAAUAAAGCUGCAGUUGAUGAGAUCGACGGAGUUUUGAGAAGCAAUUCGGAGUCAGUUAUGAAUUCAUUAGAUCAAAGCUCAUACAGAGAAUUGAAGAAAGCUAGCAGUCUAACUUUAACUGAUAACGAUAACGACUCACCAAAUCUCAACUGUAGCAUACAAACUUUAAUAGCUGAAGACAGUCAAGUUCACACUAAGUUCGUUAAUGGGGGAGGUGAUUCUGGGAUUGAUCCAGGAGAGAUGGAAGUGUUUAAAUUUCCCCCAUUGGACAACCGCUCUACCAAGUGCAAGCCUUCACCAAACUUUUUGAGCAAACUGGAAGAUGCUAUCGAAGAAGGAGACCAAACACCCAUUUAUUCCAGCCCCUGUCAUAAAGUGACUCAAGAAGCCACUAGAAAGUUGAUACCAGAAGCGUCCUCCCCCCAUGGACUAUCCCCAGUGAGAACUCCAAGUGAUGGCAAUGUGUCCUGCACCUACACAACACCUACAAGUCCGUAUGCUCAGAGCUGGGCGUCGUCAGAAUUCUCGUUUCAUCUCCCCAACCCUUCUACCCCCUAUGCUCCACCCUGUACACCAGUUACAAGACUGCGUCGCACUAACUCUUGUCCCUCAUCCCCUGAUUUGCACUCUAAAACUUUCCGGUUUUCUCUUGAUUCCUCACACCAUUUCUCAUCCAUGGACAGGGACAGUCCUGCAUCAUAUCACAGGCGAUCACAAUGGGCUAAUUCUAAAAAUUCCACUGACUGUUUCGACCAAGACAGUUUGGAUAGAGAUGUCGAAUAUGCAUUGAGACAUAGAAAACAUUCACAUGAUCCUAAACGCAGAUCUGUCCAUUUUGAGAGUGAUGAGAUUUGCACCAACCUGGAUCAAGAACACUUUUCUAAGAUGUCGCUGUCUCGCAACCGCUCUCACAGUAACCCUGCACAACCUAUCAUAAAGCACAGCUCAUUAGCUAACAAUGUUUACUCUCUCACACUAGCUGAUUGCAAGGACACUCAAGCUUGCUCUAAAUACCCGAACUCCGCACUAUGUAAAGGCUAUAACAUUACUAUGAGCAGCAAUGCUCGUUUAUCUUCAUCCGUUCCAAACCUUUUCGAUGGGCAUCGUUUUAAUUUCCUGUAAUUUCCCGUGAUAAUUAUGCAAUACAGAAUUUUUAUUGUGUGCACUUUUUAAUCAGUCAUGUAAUAAAUUUUAUCAGCAUAUAAAACGUCAAA